AUGGCUCAAGAUCCCCGAGUAUUACUGCAGAAGGCCGACAAGGCCGCCCAGGGUGCCGGCGGAGGAUUCAGUCUAUUUGGCGGGCGAGGAGAAAAAUGGGAGAACGCUGCGGAUCUCUAUACACAAGCCGCAAAUGCCUUCCGGGUACAGAAGCAGAAUCUGGAAGCCGGCAAGGCCUUCGAGAAGGCUGCCUCAAUCCAACAAUCCAAACUCAAUGAGCCCGAUGAUAUGGCCAACACCCUCACCGAAGCCUUCAAGGUCUAUCGAAAGGAGUCUCCUCAAGACGCCGCCCGCGUCCUCUCCACCGCCAUACAACAUUACACCGCAAAGGGUAACUUCCGCCGCGCGGCCACACAUCAACAAAACCUUGCCGAAGUGUAUGAGACGGAAAUCGGGGAUCAGAAAAAAGCCCUGGAGGCGUAUGACACUGCUGCGCAAUGGUACGAGAGCGACAACGCCGAGGCAUUGGCGAAUAAAUUGUAUUUGAAAGUGGCGGACCUGGCGGCACUGGAAGGCGACUACCAGAACGCAAUCGGCAAACUCGAAGCCGUGGCCAAGUCGAGUCUGAACAACAACCUGAUGCGCUGGAGCGUCAAGGACUACUUUCUCAAAGCCGGCAUAUGCUAUCUCGCCGCGGGUGAUCAGGUGGCCACCAAGAGAGCGUUGGAGCACUAUCGCGAGUUGGACGGCAGCUUUGCAAGCACGAGGGAGAACAUGCUCCUGACGGACCUGGUGGGGUGCGUUGAGGAAGGGGACCAAGAAGGGUUUUCCGACAAGCUGUUCCAGUUCGAUUCACUCAGCAAGCUGGAUAAGUGGAAGACGACGCUGCUUUUGAGAGUCAAGAAUGCGAUUGAGAAGGAAGAGGAAGAUUUCUCAUAG